AUGUCCCAGACAUCACCCCACGCUCCCAGGGUCCACCUCGUCGUCAUUCAUCACGGACUGUGGGGCGACCCCGUACAUCUCUCCUACCUCGCAAACACCCUGGCAGACCACCACGCCGGCCAUAUCUCGCCCAACACCGCCUCCCUUGACCCGAAAGCAGUCGACGGCGGUCAUCCACAGCCCACGACGCUCCAGCAGCCUCACGACAGCUCCAACGCCGCUCCGCAACUCGUCGUCCUCAAUGCUUGCUCCAACUCCACCUCCCACGAUACCUCCCGGCCCAAGGGCGCUUACACGCACGACGGAAUAGACGUGUGCGCCAUGCGCCUCCUCCAAGAGAUCUACUCCGAGGUGAAGCGCUUAGAGGAACAUGGAUCCCUCGUCACAAAAUUCAGCAUCGUCGGCUACUCUCUUGGCGGCCUCAUCGCUCGCUACACUAUCGGCCUCCUUUACGUCGCCGGCUUCUUUUCAACAUCUAGCCCACGGUCUAGCGUCGACCCAAGCAGUACUACGACGCCCACCGCCAGCUCGCCCAACGGCCGCCGCAGCCGCAAGCGUACCCUCGACUUUCAAUCACGUCCUCUGCCUUCUUCAUUUACCACCUUUGCGACACCGCACGCCGGCAUGACGCCGAGGCCCGGAGGCGGCAGGUUUGCUAAGCUUGUCGCCUCGGUCGGCAGCUCUUCCCUUGGCAGAACCGGCUUGCAGCUCUACAUGAAAGACUCUGGGUGGAGCAGGGCCAAUAUUGAUGCCGACGGCACUGCCGCUGCCGCUGCCGCCAUUGCCCACGACGAGACCUACGCACCCAACAAGCACUCUCAGAGCGAGCAGGGCGUCGGCCUGCUGGAAGCCAUGUCCGAGCCCGGCUCAGUCUUUGUACGGGCGCUGGCGAGCUUCAACCGCGUCGACUUCUACGCCAACGCCAUUGCCGACAUGACAGUGCCCUAUCGUUCCGCCGCGGUCGAGGAGCAUGAUCCCUUUGUCGUGCCAGGCGGCCUUGAACUCGUGCGAGAUCGACAGCAUCCAACACUGCUGUCGGGCUAUCGGGCCAGCUCCGCACUGCCGGUCCAAGCCGGCAUCUUUGGCCGCAUUGUGACGACGCUCAAGAACUCGCCUCUGGCACUUUUCGCCAACCCACGCCGAUACCCCGUCGCCUUCCCGCUCAACUACGUCAUGGUCCUCUUCCUCCCUAUCCUGCUGCCUGGCUUCAUGGGGCUGGUGGUGCACAAGCUGCGGUCACAGUCCAAAGACAGCGACAAAAGGGUCGAGGAGUUCGAACGCACUUGGGCAAGGCAGAACGGCCUUUUCCCAGACGAAGACGACAACGACGACGACGACGAUACCAGCAUCGGAACGGUCCCAACCAAUGGCAGUGGCUCCGCGGUCGAGACUGCAAAGGUCAAGGCGAAAUCGAAGAAGCCGCGGCGUCGCUGGGAAGAGCGCGAACGUCGAUUGACGGAACGUCAUCGCGUUGCUGAGCUCCUCGAUGGAUUCGAGGAGGACCUCGAAGAGGCGAUGCGAGAAGUCGGGGAAGACAACCUAGAUGUCAACCCCCGCUCGCCACCAACUGCACAUCAGGCAUCGACGACUUCGGACGCGCCGACCCUGGCGCAGAAAGGCACCCUCAGGCUAUCGGACAAUCUGCACCUCGACGCCUCCGAGCCGCCGCUGCCCGAAGCGCAGCACCGCAUCGUCGCACGCCUCAACGACGCCAAGGUGCUACCGCAGCUGCGAAAGUUCCUGGUGCACUACGAGGGCCUGGAGAACACGCACGCCGUCAUCAUCGUGCGCAGUCGCGACAUCGAGGCGCACAAGAGGGGCAUGGACACUGUUCAGAGCUGGGUCGAACGUUUCGUCGUCUGA